AUGACCUCCAUUGAUGAUCUAUUUCGAAAACCAAACGCUGCCCCCAAGCGCAAACUCGAAGAUCCUACCGCGUCCUUCACUGACUCUCUCUCCAACAAAUCCUCCAAAUUGACCAAUGGGUCCUCCCCACGCUCCUCUACGAAUGGAAACGGCAUUCACGAUGAAUACUCCACCAACGGAUCUACAGGAAAGGCUGCCUUUGUCCAGGAUGAAAGGCUAGAUGAUCAGGAUGGUCUCGAGGCCGGUCCCUCUCCUCCCCCUCUAGAUCCGGAAGACGAAGUUGGUGACGAUAAAGAGGGCCGAUUCUUUGGUGGUGGAGUGACACAAGAAGAACGCGAAGUAAUGGACUACAUUGAGAGAAAUGAAGAUGGUGAAGUGGAAGAAAAGUUUGAUUCCACCUGGCUGCGUCGGACUGCGAUCAACUUUGAGCGAAAGAUCAACAAGAACGCUGAACUACGCGCAAAGUACGAGGAUCAUCCUUUGAAAUUCGUCGCGAGCGAGGCGGAUCUCGAUACUGAGAUCAAGGGAUUGAGUUUGCUCAGCGAACACGGUGAACUCUAUGAAGACUUCGUCAAGAUGGGGUGUGCCAACAGUCUAGUCGGCUUGUUGGCGCAUGAAAACACGGACAUUGCCAUUGGUGUUUCGGAAUUACUUGCCGAACUCACCGACGAGGACUCGGCCACGACUGAAGACCAGUGGCAGACGUUGGUCAAGGCCAUGAUUCAAAGUGACGUGGUCGAUCUGCUGACCAGCAAUCUGGCCCGUCUGGAUGAGGUCAAUGAGACUGACAGGUCUGGCGUCUACCACAUACUCAACGUGCUUGAGAACAUUCUCUCGGAAACGAAGAAUAUGGACAUCGUCGGUUCCAACGACAAGUUGAUCGAUUGGCUACUGGCGAGGAUCAAAAGGGUCGAUGUCAAUGCACGGGGAAAGGUGGGCCAAAACCGGCAAUAUGCUGCGGAAAUCCUCGCCAUCUUGUUCCAGUCGAGUCGGCCCAACCGUGAUCGCUUUGCCUCUAAAGAAGGCGUGGAUGCUCUACUUGAGCUACUGAGCGUUUAUCGCAAGAGGGACCCUGAAAAGGAGUCCGAUGAAGAAGAGUUCGCUGAGAACCUUUUUGACUGCUUAGCCAGCGUGGUGGAAGAACGGCUAGGUGGUCAAAAGUUCCUCGAAGGCGAAGGCAUCGAGCUUUGUCUGAUCAUGAUCAGAGAAGGUAGACUUGCGAAGAUGAGGGCACUGCGAGUCCUUGAUCACUCCAUGAGUGGUGGUAACGCACCUCCAGUCUGUGCGCGGUUGGUAAAUGCAGCAGGGCUGAAAACCAUCUUCGGACUGCUCAUGAAGAGCAAGAGGGCAGAACGAAGUCUCAUGGAACAUCUGAUUGGGAUGCUCGCCAGUCUUCUUAGAUAUUUACCGGGAGGCUCGGCCGUGAGGAUACGCGCCCUUGCAAAAUUUGUGGAGAAGGAUUAUGAAAAGCUCCUGAAACUUGUGGAACUGCGGCGCGAAUAUAAGACUAGAUUAGUCAAGGUCGAUGCGCAGAUACAGAGAGAGCGCGAAGACCUGACUACAACCCAGUUGGAGGAACGUGAGGAUGAAUGGUUAUCUCGCAGGCUUGACGCCGGACUUUUCUCCCUCCAGUCGAUAGAGUUGAUCUUGAGCUGGAUGGUUGCAGAAGACAGCGGUGCACGUCAGACCAUUGCCGUUCUACUGGGUGAGGACGGGCUUAAGAUUCUCGAGCGUAGCCUCAGAGAUCAGCUUGUUGGGAUGGAUCCGGGUCAGAGUGAUGAGGCCAAGGCUACAGAAGAAAUGCUCGAAGCGUUGAUUUCAUGCGUGGAGGGGUAG